CGAUUCCUCUGAUCCACCAACACGCCCUCUUCUCGCCCUUUUCUUCUAUCUGUUCCCUUCUAGAUUACUUCUCAAGAACUAUUAUCUCGUCUUUGUAUAUCGAUUCUAUACCUCACCGAAAGCCUGUCUGCGCCCACCUCCCAUGUCCGGAUUCGUGCCUGCGACUUUCCCGAGCCUCCACCACUUCAGCUUCAUCCUUCACGCUCGACUCGCCCAUUGACCCUCCCUUCAUCCGUGACAAUACUCCUACGAAACACUACGAUUCGUCUAUCCUCCAGUACCCACAUUCGUGAUACCCACUAGUCGCUCCUCCUCCUCCCUGUUCAUCAAAACACACGUGCCCACCAUGGAUUUGCGCUCGAUGUUGAACACCGACACUGCUGGCAAUGCGAACAAUCGUCCGCCAGAAUCUCAGCAAUCGCCAUCGUCGCAAACCACGCGAAAACUUUCCGAUCCAGUCUAUAGUCCGCGCGAACAAGUCCCCGCCGCCGCGCCCGCCUCCUCCGCCUCCUAUCCGGUUGCUUUUCCCGGGGGAUCCAUCCAACGACCUCAUGUCUCGCCCGAACGCUCUUCCUCGUACGGCUCGCUUCAGUCUCCCUAUCAGUACCAUCCUCCCUCCGGUCGCUCCGCUGGUUCGCAAGCUGCACAAGGUCAGAGUCCACAGCCCGCCCAAUACGUUUCUUCGCGUGAUUCUCCUUUCAACCCUCCUCAGCAACGCUCGCAAUCCAUCCAGUCGGUGCUGUCCCACGACACGCCCGUGACUCAUGCAUCCCAUCCCAAAGAAAGCCCGUCGACCGCUGGACUUGCGCCCGGCUAUUCAUCCCAGCAAUUUUCACCACCAGGCCCCGGAUCCCUACCUGGCACACCACGCGGGUCUACCGCUGCGUUUCCUCAGCCAUCACCUUCCUCAGCGGCGCGUCCACCCUCAUCUGGCCAGGAUACGCGCUCAAAUCGCGCCUCAAGCCCCUGGGUCGGCCAGGAAGCAUCGAUGCAAAUGUCGCCCACUGCCAUUUCUCGUUUGUCGCGUCCUCGAGACCAGACCCCACGCCCGUACCCUGGUGCCUCUGACAGACGCGGCUCGGAAGACAGUGUGAGUCCCAAGACAACGCGGGCGCCGAGCUUUGCAGAUUCGGCCGUACCAACCCAAUCCACGCAGCACGAGAAUGGCAUGAUCGUUACAGAUGCACACGCCAAUUCGAGUCCGCACGCGCCCCCGAAACGAAAGCGUCGUCGCUUCGAAGCGCCUCCAAUCUAUGCAAUGCGGCCAGAGCGUACCAAAGGCCGCGGCCCAAUAAUACCGAAUCCCUUCCCUCCCAUCCCCAAGCACGCCCGCGAUACCCCCGCCAAUCCUUGGAUUUUGCGACAACGGGCGGCUGCUGCUGCUGCCCCGGGUCCUGCACAUGCCGCCACCGUUCCUGCAGCUGUCAAAGCUUCGCCCGAUAGCCUGCCUGGAAAGACGACUGCCCCAGCCCCCCGUGCGCCUUCGGCUGCGCUGGAGCCUCAGAAACCAGGCAGUUUAGGACCGUGGGAGCCAUCCAUCACGGGAGAAUACCCUUCCGAGGAGGUCACCAAACUCGUCUGUGACUUUCUCUUUCGGUAUGUUGUCGUCCGGAACGACGCCAUUGCAGCACCAGCGGGUGCUGCGGCGACGGCCGGAAAUGCGCCCAUUAUUGAGGUGGAGGCCAAGUUGGGCCAGCUUAUUGACAUGGAUCGCGGCGACCGGGUCCAGCUGCCCGUUAUGACCGAGACGGUCAUCAACAAGCAAUUUCCGCGCUUUCGAACGGCAUUCGAGAGCAGCAUGACCGUGGCCCAACAUCAAGCAAUGAACAAUUUUCUCAACGAAGCGGUCAAAAAGUCCUUGGACCAAGCUGACCGGCCCCGCAUCCCCAUUUCAUACGCCCACAAAAAAGAGCGUGACACUUUCUACGAGGUGUCUGCUAACGACCUCCCCCCUGUCAUCCGUCAGAAUCUGAAUCCCCGCCACAAGCCCAAGGUACGCGUGACUGUGGACCAGAGAACCAACGAGGUCCUCGCCAAGAUUGUCAAAUGCCGCAUCGCAGACCUGGAUAUCCACAGCCCCAAUACCUGCGUCGACUGGCGCAUCAGUGUCAACCUGGAAAUGAAUUACGACGGCGACGUGAGUCAGCUCACCGUUGUCGACCCGGCACGGGGCCGCGGCGGCGAUCGCAACAAAGACCGGAUGAGCUAUCGCCAUCUCGCCUACCAGAUCGAUCUCACCCAGGUUGCCAAAUCUGAUUCUCCCAAGGGCGAUUUCGAACACGAGCUCGAGGUCGAAGUCUCCGCCGCGGAGAUUCGUCGUCAGGGUCAAAUGGCUAUGAACGGCGAGCCACACCAGUAUGAGGAUCUGGUCAAGGGAUUCCUGGACAAUGUCCGCGUAUUGGCCCGUCAAGUACCCCGUUAAGCCUGCUUGUUCAAAAGCUUCUGAAUCCUUUUUUUCCCCUCCCCUUCUCCGUCUUUACCCCUGACCCCAUCCCCAUACCGGCCGAAGCUCAUUGGGACGUUGUACCAUGACAACCUCGCGCUGCACUUGGAUAUGGACGUGAUUUGCUUGGUACGAUAGAUGAAGGGGAGACUCACUCUUAAGUUUCUUUCUUUCUUUCUUUCUUUCUUUUUUUUUUUUCAUGGAAAUGAUAUGCGUGUAUUCAUGCCUACAUCAAGGCUUUUUGGGUCGGCUUCCUCUUUUUCACGUUCCAGUGUAUACCACCUGUAUCAUAUGAAGGAUGUUUUGGUUUUCUCUUUUUCUUCUUCUUCUUCUUCUUCUUCUUCUUCAUCAUCAUCAUCAUCUUCUUCUUCUUCUUCUUUUAUCCGUUAGGGGACUCCUGAGUUCGGUUCCUGCACCUUUAUCUAG